AGUUUCUAAAAAUGUAAAUCAUUCUAGGCUUUUCUAUAUUUGAUUUUACGUCCAUAUUUUGGUUUUUGUUCUGCACACAAUCUUCGCUUCUCCAUAUCUGGUAUAUUUAAAACUGCUAGGUUUUCUCUAUGUGGUGUUUUUUUUUCCUAGGUCAUCUCUCCUUAGAUCUCUUCUGCAGCCUGAAUCUGUACGACUGGAUUGGUUGUGCUUGGCAGUUUCUCAUGAUGCACCACAAAGAACAAAUACUGUGGAUGCAGAAGGAAAUCCCAGGCCACGAUCGCAUUUAUUUACUUGGGGCUACAGCCAGCUCAUUCUGCUUUUGAUUAAACUCCCAGCUGAUUUUGUUACAAAAGAGAAGAUGGCUGACAUCUGUAAAUCACAUGGAUUCUGGCCUGGAUAUCUUUUUCUCUGUCUGGAGCUGGAUAGAAGAAUAGAAGCCUUUACUAAUAUUGCUCAUUUGGAUGAUUUGAGCCUGUUGAAUGGAGAAGAUGGUGCCAUUCCAGAGACUAUAGAAGAGUGGAAGUUUCUUCUGCAUCUUGCACAAAAUCACAGCACCGCUUUCCACCACGGCCCAGGGAAUGGGAAUGCUGUCAGCAAUGGUAGCCCGAGCUGCCCAGACUGCAUCACUGUAGAAAACGUAGCUCUCUUACUGGCAAAGGCCAUUGGCCCAAAUCGUGCAUUGCCUCUCUUGCAGGAGUGUGGCUUGACACAAGAAUUGUCUGAGAGAUUUACUGGUGUCUGUGAGAUACUGAAGAUUGCUGAGAAAAGGCAAAGAGCGCUGAUUCAGUCCAUGUUGGAAAGGUGUGACCGGUUUUUGUGGUCUCAGCAAGCAUAGAAAACAACUUGGAAAACUUUGGGAACCUUUUUUACUGUAAUGAUUUUAUAUUAAAGUGCCUUUUAAACUCAGAAGGCUCUUAAAUGAACUCCUCUCUAGAAGUUCAGUUAUAUUGAGCCAGUCUCCAUCUGGCAGGUACCUGACUGGGAACUGUGGAUGAUUCUGAUUGCUUUGGAAUGAGUUUUGAACUCUAGAACUUAAAUCAAAACAACUUAGUAUUUAUCUUGAAAUUAACCUCACAUUUCUGAGAAGAAAAUUGCUGAGUUUAUUUUCCGAGUCUAUAUGACUUAAGUGUUAAGGAUAAGACCCCUAAGUAUUAAAUUAUGGUGUAAAAAAUUGUUUGUUUGUUUAUUUGCAAACAUGAGAAGCUAUUCCUUGCAAAUAUCUAAGUCCAUACUUGUUUAAUUAUCCUGUAAAUUGCAUUGACUUUUUCAAGUUACUGCAGAAGUGCUUUUUCUGAUACUUUUUUUUUUUUUCCCCACUUCAAUUAUAUGGACUGAUCUGGCCCAUUUGAAAGGCAUUAAUUGAGCCAACUCUUAAAAUGGAAGGGAAAUAUUUUUUAGGAGUGGAUUAAUGGUUAAGACUGCUGAUUAACAGAAGAACUUGUUAAAUGAACUCAUUGUUAAACUAUACGCAUGACAUUUCUAAAUUGCUCAUAAUCUGUUUGUGCAACAUGACUACAGAUAUCAGUUGUGAUAUUUCAACAAAGCUCUGGACAGUGGAAUUGGAAUCAUAGAAUCGUUUAGGCUGGAAAAGACCCUUAAGAUCAAGUCCAGCCAUUCAUCUACACUGCCAAGUCUGCCAUUAAACCAUGUCCCACAUCUACAACUCUUUUAAAUACCUCCAGGGAUGGUGACUCGGCUGCUUUCCUGGGCAACCUGUUCCAAUGCUUGAGAAGCCUUUCAGUGAAGAAAUUUUUCUUAAUAUCCAAUUGAAAUCUUCCCUGGUGCAUCUGAGGCUGUUUCCUCUUCUCCUAUUGCUUCUUACUUGGGAAGAGAGACCAACACCAGCCUCUCUACAACUACCUGAAAGGAGGUUAUUAGGGAGCAAUAAGCCUCCUUUUCUCAAGCCUAAACAACCCUGGUUUCCUCAGCAGCUCCUCAUAAAACUUGUGCAGUAGACCCUUCAUCAGCUUUGUUGCCCAUCUUUGGAUAUACUCCAGCACCUCAGUGUCUGUCUUGUAGCAAAGUGCCCAAAACCCAACACAGUAUUUGGGAUGUGGCCUCAUCAGUGCCCUAUACAGGGGGACAAUCACUUCCUUAGUCCUGUUGACCACACUAUUUCUGAUACAAACAAGGAUGCUGAUGGCCUUCUCGGCCGCCUGGGCACACUGCUGCUUGUAUUCAGCUGGCUGUCAACCACCAGCCCCAGGUCCUUUUCCACCAGGCAGCUUUCCAGCUACUCUUCCCCAUUGGUGGAUCCUAAGUCUGUAGCGCUGCAUGGGAUUGUUGUGACCCAAGUACAGGGCCCAGCACUUGUCCUUGUUGAGCCUCAUGUCGCUGGCCUUGGCCCAUCAAUCCAGCCUCUCCACAUCCCUCUGUAGAGCCUUCCGACCCUCCAGCAGGUCAACACUCCCACCCAGCUUGGUGUCAUCUGCAAUCUUACGGAGGGUGUACUCGAUCCCCUUGUCCAGAUUAUUAUUGAUAAAGAUAUUAAACAACUGAUCCCAAUACCAAGCCCUGGGGAACACCACGUGUGACUGGCCACCAACUCCAUUUGCCGCAACUCCUUGGGCCCAGCCCUCCAGCCAGUUUUUUACCUGGUGAAUAGUAUGCCCCUUCAAGCCAUGAGAGGCCAGUUUUUUCAGGAGAAUGAUGUGGGAAACUGUGUCUGUCAAAGGCUUUGCUGAAGUCCAGGUAAACUUUGGUAAUUCCACAAUGAAUGGUGACAUUUUGGAAGGUGACAGGACCAUGUGUUGUUUUUAAAAAAAAAAAAAGCCAAAGGUGUAAAUAAGCAUUUUUAGAUGAGUGCCGCCAAGGAAGAAGUCUUUUAAAAUUUCUGCUAGAAUAUGAAGAUUCAUAAAAUCACUUGGAUAUUAUUUGUCACUUAGAACUGUACUUUAUACCAGCACUCUUUCUCCACUUAGUGCAUCCUUGAACAAGUUUCUUCUUAGGCUUCUAGUUUUCACCCUCUUCACUGUCAAACUCUCACGUUUUUAACAGAAGGCCACAGUGUCUGGUCAAUAUUUGAUUUUUCACAAAUGCCAUUUAAACAAAAAAAUUAACAUGAAUUGGAAUGAAAUUUUAUUUAAAUCCAUGAUUUUGUCAUGAAAUUGCUUGAAAAUAUUUCUUUAUAAAGCAUCUUUUUGCAUAGUCUUGCAGCAUGUGUAGUGCUGUGAAAUAAUGCUUUUAUUUUUAUCACAAUAGGACUUAGUACAACUCUCAGACUUUUGAGAGGUGCAAUCUGAUUUUUUCAUCUCAAUUGCCAGAAAGACUAUUGUGGAGGAUUGGUUACUUCACUAGAGAAAACAAAGUUACAGAGAAACAAUCAGUGGCAAGCUCUUGUUUGUUAAUCGUGGUCCUUCUGGAAAAGCCAAUACAGAACUACUUCUGAAAAAAGAGAACUUUAAAUCUUUUGAUGUUUAGAUUUUGACAUUGGAAACAGCACAUUUCCUUCUAUGGGAAAUACCCCACGCUCCCACAGUGAAGCUUGGAACAGGAGCCAGGCACCUGCAGUGUGUGAGGAGGUUACACAAAGUAGAUGGUGUUGGUGCCCGUUCUUUUACCUGCCAAAUGAACACCCUGCUCUUAACUAACUCCAUUCCAUACAGCGCAUGAAUGUAGUGCGGCCUUAGCUGAGUACUGUGUUGCCCUCCUUAGAGGAAGCUGGCUGGCUUUCCAAGAAUAUACCUGGCCUAUCUCUGUAUGUAAUGGUUUUACUUCAUUUGCUUUGUGGAUUUUGUGUACACAGCAGUCUCUUUCUUACGUCAGUGGGAUUUUUGUACACUUCGGUAACUUUGAGGGUUGGGGCUUUUUUGGGUUGGUUUGUUUGUUGUUUGACAAUAAAUCAUAAAUUUCUGUUCAGAGCUUUUUUUUUUUUUUACGUUUGCGUUAGAACAGUCAUAUAGGUAACAUAAUGGGAUGCAUUUGUUUGAAUUUGGUAUCUAAAGUGAGCUUGUGUUGAUCGCUUCAACUACCUUGGCUGUCAAUAAAGAGUAAGAACUUACUCUUUGAAGAAGAGUUGGAAAAUCACUGUCUCCUAUUCUUGAUACGUGUGUUUUCAUCUCCUAUGGAUGAGGUGAAGGGACUGUGAAAUGAAAUGGUGGUCUGCUUAGAAGUUAAGAGUUGUACAGAGCAAUGCCUUCAUCUAAAGCUACGGACCCUACCAGCUCUUGUCAGCCAGCUCAGCAUACGCCACUGAUAGUUUAAGCCAGCCUGCGCGGGAGCAGAUGAGCUGCAGCUCAUCUUUGGGUUCGGUGACUGACUGUUGGUGGAGGGAACCCUUGAAAAGCAGAGGUGAAUAAAGGGGGCUUUGCCUGGAGCAACUUUAAAUAGA